UCAUCUGCUAUUUGGGUGAUGUAAAUCAUUUCACCUGUUUCUUCACACUUCGCUGUACUUGCUUGUAGCCAACGUUCCACAGGCCCAUUGUUUACGCACAUGAUCAUGUUUACCUUUUUCCACGGCUAUCUCUUUCGCGAAGCAGCUGCCUGUGCCGUUCACUCUCACUCACUCAAUGUGUCCCGUUCGCUCCCGGCCCGACAUCGUACGACAUUGAAACUUUCGCACGCUUCGGACCAGGACGCUUCUCGUGCCCUCUGGAACACUAUAGUGCGUGUCACGGUUUGGAGUGAUAACAAAAGUGAGUGUGUGUGUUUGUGCAAUUACUGCAAACCGGACAUGACGUCCAAGGGCAUGUCCGGCGUGGCGUACGCUUGCGGCGGUACGACGGGACAGAAGAAACUUCCACGCGCCCCGGAAUACAACCUGCCGCUGGAAACGGUCGUGCGGAUUGCUCUGACGUGUAUUUACAUUGCGCUGGAGUUUAAGGCCCCGUUCGUGCGCAAGAUCCAGCCGGAAGAGCUGUGGCUGUACCGGAAUCCCCGCACGGACAGCUACGUACCGCUGACCAUGCUUUGGCCGAUCGUGCUCGGCGUGCCGGGGCUGGCAUUCACGCUGCACUAUCUGAGGACGCGGGACCGGCAGGAGCUGCGCUGCACCGUGCUCGCCUUCACACUCGGGCUCGGCCUGAACGGGGUGAUAACGAACACGGUCAAGAUUGCGGUCGGCCGCCCGCGGCCGGAUUUCUUCUGGCGCUGCUUCCCGGACGGUGUGCCGAACGACGAGCUGCACUGCACCGGGAAGGACAUGCGCGCACUGAUAGACGGGCGCAAGAGCUUCCCAUCCGGCCAUUCCUCCUUCGCCUUUGUUGGGCUCGGCUUCCUGACCUGGUACCUUAUCGGCAAGCUGCACCUGAUGAACGAACGGGGCCGGGGCCGGUCGGUGCGCGUGAUUGCCGCCGGGUUGCCCCUAUUUGCCGCCACCAUGAUCGCGAUCAGCCGAACGUGCGACUACCAUCACCACUGGCAGGACGUGACGGUCGGUUCGCUGAUCGGGAUCGUGCUGUCCUAUCUCUGCUACCGUCAGUACUUUCCCGCCUUUUCCGACCGCAACUGUCACAUGCCGUACGCGCUGCUCGACGCCACACCGAGCAGCCCGAACCGAGUGAAGCGUGCGCAACCACAGCCGGCUGGUGGAACGGCACCGAACACUCCGGCGCACCGGCCGACCCACUACGAGGCGCGCGCUCAGGAUGAUGAGCAGGAACAGGAUUCGGAUACCGAGACGAGACGGUUACUGUCCUCGUCACCGGCCGAGCAGAAGGAAGCGAAGUGGAUUUAGUAUGGCGG